AUGCCAGCCAUUGCUCGGAGGCCGACACUUGAUGACCUCUUCAAGCUCCGCCCGUACACUGCGAUAGCCCGCAUCUCACAUCGCCGGAACGUCGCCCGCUUGCUCGCAGGAGUCCCUCCGUACGCCAUCGAGACAAUGAGACGCCACCACGUGCCCCGGGAAUGGCGAAUCUGCCGCUUUUGCCAGGCAAGGGGCGCCGUGGAGGACGAGUCACACAUUCUAUUCUCCUGCCCCGAUCCCGCUCUCGUCGCUGCUAGAGAGUUAUAUUUCGUGGACAUUCUAGCGGAGCGACCGUCGGCACUGCACAUUCGCCGCCGUGUUUCCGACUGGGCUUUCCUCGCGAUGACACUCAUGGACGAGCACUUGGUCACCACUGCCGCGGCGUUCGUACACUCCACCUUCGAGAUCUGCAAGGCUACGCCCCCAUACGAGAUCUUGACGGAUGAGGACUGGGCCGGGGUGCCGGAGGCGGUGUAA